AUGGAGUACGAUGAUGACUUCCGCAUUAAAGUGUACGAUAUUGGUGGACACGAACGAAUUCGUGAUAUCUGGACGAAUUAUUUCGCCGAGCUUCAACAUCAUCGAGGUACUGCCAGUAAACCAUUUCUAGUUGUGCUGAAUAAGCGAAAACCCACAGAACUCGACGAUUUCGACUUUACUAUCAGUGCCGAUCUCAACGCUGUUGGCAUGGAACGUGGUCAGAUGAUAUUCGUCACGCAUGUGAACGAGUACAAGGGAGAGCUAGAUAAUGCUAAGCAGCCACCACCACCGGUAUCAAAAAAGUCCCGACGUAUUUCGAGCCCGUUAUUGACGCAAUUUUGCGUAUUCGUUGAUAAGAUAAUCGAGCACUACGUAUUUUUGUCAGAAGGAGUUCAAUCCGCUGAAAUGGCAUUAAAAUUACGCCAGCAAGCGGAACGUGAUGAACGGCGCAUACGACUGAUGCGUCAGGAUCAGGAAAGGAGGAAUAGCGAUAUCGCUGAACUAGACAGGCAAGUGAAAAGUCACUUAACUGAAGAGCAGUUUACACAUGCUUCUUCUAAUGGCGAUGUACGACAUGACACGACGAUGGGACUUACUCAAGAAAUGCUGCGAAACGAACAGAACCCUACAACGGUUGAGCCCGAACCGAAGGACAACACACAGAAAUCUGAUUCACCAUCAGUGUCCGACACUCAGUCACCAGUGGCCGAUUCACCUUGCCAACAGCUGUGGAACACCUCCGAGGUUUCUCAUACACCAAUUGCUCCACUCGCGCAGAACCCCCUACCACCACUACGGCCGAAUCGUACAAAAGUGACUCCUGCAAAUGGUAAGAUCAUUUUCUAUCGAUCUUAUCAACUGUAUCGUCUGCGUUAA